AAUCAUCGACUCAACAUGCAUUUAAAAAAAAUAUUCACAUUCAGUUCCAGUAUUUUAUAUUUAACUCUUGUUUCUUUAUUCUUAUAUUAUUCCAAAUUGGAAAUAAUCUGUGGAUAUGAAAGUUUAUGUAUUCGAUUUUGUUCACUGGACACUGAAGAAUUUUCAGAUAAAUUUUUAUUCGAUGAGUUUAUGGAAGGUAAAAUACAUAUGUACGAUUAUGAUGAAUACGAUAUGAUGAAUAUUAUCCGAGGUCCACCUUUAUGUAAUGGUAAAAUUAAACCGUUGGAAAUUCUGAAGGAAAAGGAAAAUAAAUUUAAAGUUUAUGAUACUGGAGAGUUAAAAAGCAAUAAUGAUCAGUACGCACCGUAUUCGUUCUGUUUGGAAAGGGAUGAUAAAUCGUUUCAAAAAUUUAUACCAAUGAUUUGCACGGAUGAAGAACUAACUGUGCACAAAUCAGCUCUUAUGAUGAUGACGUUGACUUCAAUCAUUAUCUUGGUCCUAACAUUAUCAGUUUACUUAUACUAUUCUGAGUUGAGAGAUUUCAAAGGAAAGAUGAUCAUAUUCUUUCUUGUGUCAAUGAUUUUCACAUACGUAGUUAUACCUGGAUUUUUCGAUCUAGAACAACAUUAUUUCAAACUGAUCAAUCUACUCGUUGCAUUAGGAUUUUCAUCUGGAAAUUUAUGGCUUAAUUCAAUGAUUCUUAAUAUUUACUUAAGAAUAAGAGAUUUUAGAUUUUCAAAGCCAAGAGUAGACAAAUUUGCAUCAUACUGUACAUAUGUAGCCGUUUUUACAUCAUUUUCUGUAAUCUAUAGUGCUUGGCGAUGGGAGACUUCAAAUUACCGAAAAAUUCCAGGAAAUAGAGAUACACACGCUAUUAAAUUUAUCACAAUUUUCCAUACUUACUUUAUUUUCGUUGACUUAGUAAUUCUUAUCAUUACAUCAAUUAAAAUGAGAAAUGUUACAAAGGUUAUUGGAUUCACUGAGCGAGUCGAAUUCGAGAAAGAAAAGAAAAUCUUUUGGAUUUAUAUGAAGCUAUUUGGAAUCAUGUCCGUGACCUGGUCGAUUCAGAUUUUUGCAUUGGAAGAAGAAACAAAUCAUUUGAGCUGUGUAAUUGCUGAUUUGAUAAUGUUUUGCUCAGCCGUCAAUGUGUCUGGCAUUUUUGUAGGAAGGAAAAAAGUCAGAAAUUUGAUAUUUAAUAGGAAUUAA